CCCCGCUACCCCUUAGCCUUCAAUCGUAAACAAACCUCGAGAAAGAUGGCGCCGCGAGUCCCAGACGAAAUUGACGUUUUCACCGUCCCACACUCCAGGAUGAAGGAACUCGUUAAUAUAUACACACAAAAGAUGCAGUGUGUGGACUUCCGGGAUGGGUCAGAGGUCGUGUCAUUAUUGCAAGACCUAGACCUAACCUUGUACGAGUUCAAGUCACAUGAGUCCAUCGAAAACAUCUUCAUCAUGGAUCAGCUGAAGAAUCGGCUCAAGCAACACCAGAUCCAGAACACAGCUGUCUGUGAUUGCCACAACGACAACCGACUUUCUGAUAUGGUGCGUCUUGUCCGGACAGGUACCGAGGUGAAUGAGAGGAGCAUUGGGGAGAGGCUGAGGUUUGGUUGUGAGCUUCAGGAGGCCUUCAAGGACUUUGUUGGGAACUUUUUGCCACACAUGGAGGAGGAGGAGGAGGUGUUUCAGCCGUUGUUAGUGAAGUAUUUUGAAUAUGAGGAACUAAAGAUCCUGAAAGAAAUAGUCCUGAAGGAGCAUGAGCUAGUCAAGGAGCGAGCGCCAGUCACACAGAGAAGGCACAAGAGGAGGAACCUGAGACCAACCGAGAUGUAAAGGUUCUGCGAGACCUAAACCUGGACCUUUGUUCCCUAUGGGAUCCUUGUGAGGCCGAAGGAGAAUACCACAAACUUGAGGAUGGAUUCAGAGAUGACUGCUGCUCUAAGCAAGGCUAUGACCAAGUGUGUGUCUCUCCAACACUUGAAAUACCACCACAACAAGAAGACUACUCCCCAGACUUGGAACCAGUUACAGCGCUAAGUGUCCCCACAGAAAUUCUUCUUGAGAUCUUCAGCUACCUGAGUCCUGCUGAAUUGGGGCAGUGUGCUCAGGUGUGCUGGGCUUGGAACAAUGCUGCAUUCUCACCCCCUUUGUGGAAGGCUAUAUACCCUGUGCAGUGGGCCAGAGGAAUUUGGAAGUGGCAUGAUGUAGGUCUCACCCAUGCACUUGAGGAUGCUGCAUCUGGGAAAGUCUCUAGAUACCUUGAAAAGUGGGAUGAAGACGCUGACAUUGACGAGGCUGAAGAAGAGCGAGACCCACAGGCAGACAAGGAAUGUUUUGUGAU